AUGGAUGAAAUGAAAUCAGAGCCACAUCUUGAAGAUAAUAUGGAGACAAACUAUGUCGAUCCGUUGAUUGCUCUGCUUAUACCGAAGCCAACAAUGACUCUUGGAGAACACUUUGAUCGAAAUACUGACAAGAUUCAAGACAAAGGUUGUUGUCUUCGUUUUGAUAAUGCAUGUUGUUCAAUGUUCGGCCGAUGGUGGAAUGUUCGUAAUAAAUGGCAACGUGAACUUGUUCGUUUUAUUGAACAGCCACUUUUUCACAUCAUUAUCAUUGCACUCGUACUUAUUGAUUGUUUACUUAUGAUAACUGAAUUUAUACUUGAUUUUAUCACACUUAAAAAGCCGUGUGACUUAAAAAAUCUUAAUCAUACAAUUGCACAUGAUGGAAAAGAAAUGUAUGAUCGGAUAGAGUUUAUCGCUGGAAUUCUUGAUUAUUGUUCUCUGGCACUGUUGACUGUAUUCGUCGUUGAAAUAUUUGUUAAAGUCUAUGCAUUCGGACGACAUUGGUGGAAUUUUCAUGAGAAAAAAAUGGAAUGGUUAGACGCUACUAUUGUUAUGGCUUCUUUUGUUAUCGAUUUAAUUACCAUACGGAGAGAUAAUCUCUUCGCUGGCAUACCUUUACUUUUUAUUUCUCUUCGUCUAUGGCGUUUUAUUGGACUCAUCAAUGAUGUGGCUCAGACCAUUCGAUCUCAAGAUGAAAAUAAAAAGAAACAAUUGUCUACUAAUUAUCAUGAAGUGAUUAAUGUACUCUUGGCUAUUUUAGGAAAAAAGACAGUUAUAAUCUCGGAAUUGGGUCGUGAAAUGACACUAGAGAAUUAUAAUGACGUUCUUAAAAAAUGUGAAACAAUCGAUGAAUCAUGUCGUACAAUUCUUGGAAAUUGUCCUCAUCCAUCGUCAUUAGAUUCGAUCAUGGAAAUGAAUCAUCAUUUACUAGAUGCAAUAGGAAAACUUCGAUUGACAUUAUUUACAAUCAGUCCAUCAUCUAGCAAGAACAUCUACAAUUAA